AUGGAAGAUGUGGAUAACAAGAUGCUGACUCUGUCCAUUGAACAUCAAGUUAUUAUUCAAAGGUCUUAUAACAAUGAGAAAAGGUAAAACAAUAAUAGAUUUUUAUAUAGUUUUGGGCGUUUCGAGUAUAUUAUCUAUGAUUUUAGGUUCUUUUCUCUCCCACUUGCGAUUUCCUUUGACGGGCCUGGCUGGGAGUUGCUGAGACUUGCUGAAUCCAUCAUAGAAGGGAACGAGAAAAAAAUUUGGGUUCAAAUCAGAACUGAAAACAUGAAUUUUGAACCUAUUUGGGCCGAACUUCAAGCUGGAAAUGUAGGUAUAAAACUUUUAUUAAACUUGCAGCUACUCCUAAUUUUAUCUUGGAUUACUACUUCUGGAUGUAUUUUCAUUCUAAUAACGCUUUGUUUUAUAGAAAAUUAUCCAUAUUACUGGAAUCUACAACCAUUCGGCGAACAAGGAGACAUUCGAAGUGAUUGUUACAGUAGGAAUCGGCUCCAGGACACUCGGAGAAUUUAGUACUAUUCCAAUUUACACUGUCUCCAAGCCCCCUAAGGCAGUGCCAACCAACAAGUUGUCUCAAUGGAUUGGAACUGACUUAAAUCGAAGAUUUGGAUUGAUUUUGAGGCCAAAGACACUAAAAAAGGCUGACUAUCGAGCUUUCGCUUGGUAUUUCUCAGUGAAUGACCGUAAUAUUCCCGUCGCAUCUCCAACAGAAUGGUCUGCAGUCACAUUGGAAAGGCAGAGUAAGUUAAGUUUUACAUUGGCCCUUUUUUAUAUUGUAGUAGAGAUGGUGAGAUAUUUUAAGAUGGUGAUCAAAAUAACUGCCUGAUGAAUGAUGAGUUGGUUCGGAUUCGAUGCAAAGAUUAUGUCAGUCCUCUACUGGUGAGUUGCUAUUACAAAUUGAAUGGAAUUGUAAAGCCCUGUUAAUGAUAAUCCAAAAUUUAUUUUAGAAGGUCCGCUCCUUCAACAAGCGCAGUAAUGGGAUGGUAAUGCAGAUGGACAAGAUCGCUUUCGAAUUGGCCCAGCCCAUUCCUGGGCAUCUUCCGGGCCAGGUUCUCUCAUCUUCAAUUCAAACAGAUGACCUUCGGAGUUUCCCUUUUAGUUUCACGGAUGGAGCUCAAAACGACGACGAUUACUUUGAAUUCCAAAUCUACACGGUUGAUUCAACCGAUUACGCAUUUGUUCCGAAACAGGAGAAGAUUGAAAAUGCUCCUUAUGUGGAUAGAAUCGACAAUGGAGAUGACAUUUUAGGACAUCAAUUUACAACAGGGCUUACGACAAGGAGGUUAUUUGGGAAAAGAAUGGACUCAGCAAAGUUGUUAUAUCUCGGCGAAGUGGAAUGCAGAAUUACCAGAAGGUAAGAAGAUGUCUUUUUUGACAACAAUUUUAGUGAGUUUUGACUAAAACGAUGCCUUUUCAGGACUUCCAAAGAGCUCCAUUUCGAGAUUCCAAACCAUUCCAUUCUCAUCAACGGAUCCAUCAACAGAUCCUUCUUUGCGGAUAGGGCCGAAGAUGGCUCUGGACAUGUGUUUUCCCUUCCAAUUUGUCUGAUUAUUAAAGACGGAACAUUAUUCUGGACCGGAAUCAAUCUCAAUAUUAUUGUACCGCUUCGUCAGCCAAACAUAUUUGUGUAA